UCGAAAUGGGAACUGUGUGUUGCUUCUGAAGGAAUCGCCCGGACUCACCAGUUAGAUGGUCAACGUUGGGGACUUGAAUGCAAAAGGUUUGGAAGAGAAACGUAUUCCAAUCUGUUGACCGGGGGGGGGCAGUGCAAAGAAAUGGCUCUACCGGAAGGCCUGCCAGAGACGCUGAAAUCACGCGUUCACCAGCUUCAUCCGAUCAAGUCGCCCGGGACGUGUAUAGAUACUGAGAUCAGCGGGUCGUUCGUGCUGUACUUGCCUACGGUCGUGCUGCGGUACCAACACAAUCCGGCGUUUGCCUUGUCCUGUCGAAUUGCCAAUCAGCACAAUCUACCCUUACUCGUCCUCGUAACACUCUUGGACGAUACCCACCAUCCGGACUAUUGUGCAAACAGCACACAAAGAAGGAAAGAAGACAUUUGUUACCAAUCUACUGUUAUGACGGCUCGGCGUUUGGCUUUUUUACUGGAAUGUUUGCAGGAAGUAACACACGCGUGGCAAUCACACGGUGCGGCGGUGGCCAUUCGUAUUCACGGACCAGAAUGUCGGACGCCGCACCACUUGACGCUCGCACGUUCGGCUGCGGCUAUCGUUACGGAUGAACCCUUCGUAGAUCCUUACGUGACGUAUGUGGAACGUGUCGAAAGUGUUGGUCGGACUUUGGCAAAACCUGUGUUUCGAGUCGACGGAAGUACUUCUGUCGCGCCUGCUGGCCAACUGCAAAGAAUUGUUGGCUCGAGUAGGUCUGAUGACAAGCCCAUUAUAUUGUACAAAGGUGUUCCGUCCAAGGCUUGGAUAUGGGAAAAGUCUACCGCGCCGAAACGAAGAGGAGAAGUGAUGGGUGUUGUCGAGGAAGGCCAUUUCGAUGCCCCGACACUCAGUAUGCCCUCGCCCGCCGAUUUUUUGUCGAACCCCAGUUUUGCAAGCCUCUACAGCGUGCUCCCUGCCGAAUGGAAAGAUUCUAAGAUUCCCGCUCCAGGCCGUCGGCCGUGGUCAGUUGCUGAUCUUACAUCUAUUGCGGAUUGCAAAGCUUGGGCACUACAAUGGUCCGGCGCCGACUCUAGCGUUGCACCCUGUGUCCAAACUCACGGUGGAGCCAGAGCUGGAAUGAAACGUUGGACCGUUUUCCUAAAUCACCAUUUGGUCAAGUACGCCCGGACACGCAACAACAUUACUCAGCCACACGCCGUCAGUCGACUAUCCUGCUAUCUGAACUUGGGCGUAAUUUCCAUUUUUCAAGUUUUAUUUGAUCUUUAUAAUCGGGACCGGAACGCAACCGAAAAGUUUCUCGACGAAAUCGUGAAAUGGCGGGAAAUUGGUUACGUACACUGCUUUGCGUUUCCACACUCUUAUGCCAAACCCGACGUGCUUCCAUCUUGGUCCCGCAUUCAUUUGGAACGUUCUUGUGCGGCAAGCUACGGUAGCAAUUCCUCCUGGUCGGUGGAUACCCGCCGUAGACUUUUGGAGGGACGAUUCGGAGAUGAAGUCUGGGACGCCAUGCAGACGUACUUGAUUGAGACGGGGGAACUCCACAACAAUGCCCGCAUGACUUGGGGCAAAGCAAUAGUGCAUUGGUUGAAGGUUUCAGUUGGGCCGAAGAUUUACUCAUCUUUUUGUGUCACAUAA